CAUACGUGAACGUCCACUUCAGGCCAAGCACUGGAAGGAGCUGAAGUCUAGGCUGCAGAUUUCAAUAAGCAAACUGCCAGACUCUGGGAAGGAACCUGCUCUGCUUUCUCGCUCAUCUCUCUGGAGCAAACUGAAGACAGGAGUUUGGCCUCAAGGAGACAGAAGCUUCAGGAGAUGGGAAGACACUUCUGAAAGAAAACCUACAGGAUCAGCGUUCCUGACUGCAGUUGUGGGUGGUGAUAGAAGCUGGGGAAGGUUCACUGUCUCCGCUCUCUGCUCAGGCCAUAAGGAGGUCUUCUGCCUAUUACCAGGUGUGCAGGUCAUCAAGACUACUCCUGCAUCCGCUGCCAUGGACACAGCAGAUUCAACUGCUGCUGAGACCCUGCUCAGAGGCAAUAGGAGGAAAGAUCUCCAACAGAUGCUGAGAGAAGUAGGACUGCCAGUUAAGUACUGGUUGCCAAAGCUGGAGGAACACCUGGGUGUGACCUGUGCCCAGGCCUUACAAUACCUAGAAGAGAAAGACUUCCAGGAGCUGAAAUCCCAAGCACGACAUGCCUGGGAGAGAAAAGCCCUGGAGAAGAUGCUUAACCUGUCAUGCUCAAAUACUCUUUCAGAGCUACAGGAGUCUCAGGUGGAAACAAUAAAGAAAAAGCAGCAGCAGACAGAACAGACACUGCAGGAGCUGAAAGAGUUGCUGUUAGAAGGGAGGCAGCAACAGGAAGAGACAGUGAGUAAAGUGGAGGCAGAACUGAGGCAGGUAAUGGAGAUCCUUAAAGAGAACAGGCUGUGCCACAAUAAGUCCCUAAAAGAACUCAUGGAAAACAUACAGAGACAACUAAACCUUAUGGAGGGAACACUGUUUCACAGGAAAAACCUCUCAGAUAGAGAGCUGGUGAGAUGGGCAUCUGGAGGACUGGCCCUGCAGGGAAUUUACAAAACCAGCAACCAAAGGGGUCUGAUAGAGAAGAGAGAAGAGCUACUCCGUGUCCCCAAGGAUUUCUCACUCUGUGGUGCUGAGCAGGGUACACAGACAGAAACAAACGAAUUUACAUCUUCUCAAGAAGAAUCCAUGUUCACCCAGAUGGUAGAGAAACUGGGCUUCAGUGUAACUGCCUCAGCAAAGGGUGGAGGUUGGGGAUAUCAGUCAGAAUCCAAGGAAACUAGACAGGCACAUUCUGAGCAGUCUUACUUCUGUUCAGUCAAAUUCACCUACAUCCCACUGGCCUCCUGCCACUUUCCCAUUGAGCAACUCCAGCUCUCCAAGGCAGCUCUACAGGAAUUGAAAUGCAUUGAAGGGGUUUUGGAUCAGGAAGACCCAGACCAACUUCUCUUGCGAAGGCAUAGGGCUGAAGCCUUCUUCCAGAGGUUUGGGUCUCAUGCUAACCAGGGCCCUCUGCACUUGGGAGGAAUCUACUGGUGGAAAGCAAUUUCAGAGGGUUUCCAAAAAGAGCAGCUGGCAGAAGUGAAACAGCAAGUAGCAGAGGCCCUGGAUAUUUACAUAAGGGGCAGUUACGGUGGCUUUGAUGUGAACAUUGCUACAGGUGUGGAUGUGUCAGACUCUCAUUCAGAAAGAACUUCUCAGAACACGAACUUCCAAAAUCUCCAAACCAAAGUCCAAUUGUCUGUGGCCCAGACAGGUGGUCCACCAGAAGCAAAUGGCUUUUUACAAUGGAAAUUUGGCCUAAUGGCUAGUAACCAAACCUGGUAUGUCACUGACAGGGUACUUCAGUUGGUGCCUGUUUGGGAUAUUAUCCUCUCCAAUCACAGAAAUGAUUUUAAGGAUCCUCUUCAGGUAGCCAACUGCCUGAAAGACAGCUACACUGCUCUGACUAGUCUUACUGCCCAGAUCCAGGAAGGCGAAGAAUUACUGACUCCUGAGAAGGAGAAAGAAUUACAGACUGUUGAGAAAGAGGUUAGGGCUUUUCUAGAAAAUGUGAAAUCCUGGGAAGUAUCUGAUCCUGAAGAGCAGCUGCAACAGCUAAUAAAUUUCAUGCAAAUGUUGAGCCAAAAAAUAAAAAGCUGUGACACCUGGAUUAAUGUAUGCCUCACAGAUAUGGGUCUACAGAAUUUUUUGGUAAACACAGUGAACUUUUGCAAAAAGUCUUCCAUUUAUAAAAGUACAGUUAUUAAAUCUCAGCUGCAACACCUUUUUUAUCCUCACAUCCACAGAAUGACAAACUUUCCUCAGUUUCAUUCCAUCAUGCAGUGGAUCUUCCAGUCAGAGCCUGUCAACAUCACCCAACUUUCUGAAUUAAUUAAAACCUAUAAAGAAACUAAGAAUGACCUUAUGGAACAGAAAGGUAAAUGUGAGUCCACAGAAACAGUGGAGGAAGCUCAAAGGAAGCUGACUUAUAAGGUCAGCUUGUCUCUUGACUGCUUCUUGAAUUACCUCCAAGAAACAGGGCAGCCAGACACACACAUCUUGUUACUUUUGAUAGCAUCUGGUGCAGGAUAUCAUGUGGUUGACAAUAUAUUUCAUUAUCUCCUGGGGUAUGAUGAGUUAGGCUUCCUAUUGGAUCAAAUGCAAACUGCGCAAAAUAAAUACCAAGAGCUCAAAAAUAUUUGCAACUGCAGGGCUCAGGCAUUCCUGGUGCUCACAGGUCUGACAGCUACAGCUGGCAGCAAAGUUGUUUCUUCAGAGGAAAAAACAGAACGCUUGGCAUUGAUAAGACAUCACCUGGGACAGUCUUUAACUAAAGAAGUUGUACAUGUCCUCACCAAACUUGGAGCAGAUCAUGACUGGGAAAACCUAGAAAAAGCCUUGAAAUUACUCACUGAUGGGGAUUAUGAAGCCAUCAUCAGUUUACCACAAAUGGAUAAAGAUAGAAAAGAACUACAAAGUCUCUUUAAUGAAAAGAAACACCUCCAUGAACUACAUGAUAAUGAAAAUAACGAACAGGAUAUGAUAGAAAAUGUAGCCUUCCAAGACUUACUUGAACGUUUAGGUCUCAAACGUUACUACCCAAGAAAAAUGAGCACAGCUAACAUCCAACUGAUCCACAAGACUUCUACGUACAACACCCAGCCCUGCUCUGAAAGAGAACUUCCCUUCUAUUUCCUACAAAAGCUAUUGAUGCUGGAUUAUGGGCUGAGAUACCUGAUCAUCAAACAUGAAAAAUACACAGAGAACCAAGUCUAUUCAAGCACUUCAAAUCAAGAAAAGGAGGCCUUUGAUCCAUAUGAAGAAUUUCUUGAAGACAGUGAUAACUCCACUAAUCCUUCAGACACAAGUAUCACGCAAUAUAUUCACCCAAUGGAUAUACAGAUGGCAAUUCUUCACUGUGCAGAUCAUUUUGCCAGACAAUAUAUUUUGGACAAACUUUCCAUUUGUCAGUUUGCCCUCCCCCUUCUCAUACCUAAUCCUUACAAUGCUCAAAUUGAAUUCUGUCUCUGGUCUCUCCGUCAAAUUCGAAGGAGCUGGCAGCAAGAAGGGAAAUCAAUAAAUGAGCAGAAGGACAAUUACAUGAAUCACCGGAUGUGUCAUGUUUCUGUCCCCAUUGUGUCCUUUAUUAGAGUUGGAACUGGUUUCUCUGCCUCCAAAUCUCAGAUCAUGAACUGUCUUCUCAGUGAACGCAAACAUGAUGUCUUUUUUCACCGACACUGCAAAGGCAGCAGCAGAGACUGUCUCUUGAUGGGAGGAGUGGUGGAGGUCGCCUGGUUCUGUCCUCGGGGGGAAGAGCAGGACAGAUUUGACAAGUGCUUGACCUUUACCAAUCUUCAUGGAGAUGCAAAGGAACAUGAGAAGCAGCUCGCCUUUUUGCAGGAAGUCUCUUCCAUAAUUGUGGUCCUCAUGUCAACUUCUGAUGACAAUAAAGGAAACCGAAAAAUAGUCAGUGACAUGUGGCAGUCAUCACGACCUUUAAUCUUGUUGCUAGAUGAUAGAGGAAAAGGCACAGUCAAUUAUUCUAGCCCAAAAGUGAGAAUUGGGAUCAGGAACCGAAAUGAGGCAGAAUUAAUAGAGGAGCUCACAACUGCAAUCGGACAUUUGCUGAAGCUCUCUAACACUGCACUCAGCUUGGAGAACUGUGCCCAAGUUGCGCGCAAGCAAGGAAUGCUUAUUGAUGAAGACCAGAGAGAUUGCAAGGAAGCCAAAGAAAAGGCAGAGGCUCUAAUGACCCUACUGAGAGAAAUGGGAAUACCUCAGGUCAAGGAAAACUUACUACCUCUUCAGGGAAAACUGUGGCAACGUUGGUGUGAAAAGGACAGAGAACUCUAUCAUCUGCGAGAAAAGGGAAAUCGCAGCAUUGAACAACACAAAAGUGAGACUGAGACAGAAAAAAAAAUGAUAAGACAGGAACAGUUGAAAAAAACCAUUCCUCUCAAUGUUUUAAUGGGUUCGGUCCUUGAAAUUCUCCAAAAUCAUUCAGAAACUCACACCAAACUCUACUUCCUCCAAUGGCUGAAAGUAGCUUUGGACAAGCUGACUGCAGGACACUUGGAAAAUCUAAAUGAGAAGAAAAAGGCAUUGGUUCAAAAGGAAAAGCAAGAGGCCACAAAGAGUAGUGCUCUGAAAGACUGUCAGAAUGAGAUAGAAGCUAUUUCCAGAGAGAUUAAUGACUGUACCUUAGGAAUUGAGCACAUUCUCACAGAAGCUGGCCAGAUCUAUGAAACUCUGGAAGAAGAUUCAUCCAUGAAAAAUACCCUAUUUCUCUCCCUUCCCCACAUUGCUGCAGAUCUGAUGAUAUCUGGUGUUCCCAUUGAGCUGAUGGAUGGGGAUGUUUCAUAUGUGCCCCUGAGGUGGGUGGCAGCUGUUUUUGACAAGCUCUCUGAGAAACUUGGGAACAAGCGGCUCUUUGUUGUCUCUGUCCUUGGCCUGCAGAGUUCAGGGAAGUCCACCCUGCUGAAUGCCCUUUUUGGGCUGCAGUUCACUGUCAGUGCUGGGAGGUGUACUCGGGGGGCUUACAUGCAGCUUCUGAAAGUGGAGGAGACAUUCACAGCUGAACUUGGCUUUGACUUUGUGCUUGUUGUGGACACAGAGGGACUUCGAGCCCCAGAACUCAGCAACAAGUCCCAGAAUCAUGACAAUGAGUUGGCAACCUUUGUCAUCGGACUUGGAAACUUGACUCUGAUCAAUAUUAUGGGGGAAAAUCCAUCAGAAAUGCAAGAUAUUCUGCAAAUAGUUGUCCAAGCUUUUCUGAGGAUGAAACAAGUAAAAAUCUCUCCCAGUUGCCUCUUUGUCCAUCAGAAUGUGGGGGAAGUUACAGCUAAAGACAAAAUUAUGGACGGAAGAAGGCGGCUAGAGCAGAGAUUGGACCAAAUGGCAGCAAUAGCAGCUGAAGAAGAGCAGUGCUCCGAUGUAACCUGCUUUAGUGAUGUCAUUAAGUUUGAUGCCAAUAACCACGUCUACUACUUUGCUCACCUCUGGGAUGGCAAUCCCCCAAUGGCCCCUCCCAAUCCUCGCUACAGCCACAAUGUUCAGGAACUAAAAAGCAGAAUUCUUAUGACUGCCCAACAGGAAUCUAGGGGAAGCAUCAUGAAAAUAUCAGAUGUAAAAUUCCGAGUUCAAGAUUUGUGGAGAGCCCUACUGAAUGAGAACUUUAUUUUCAGCUUCAGGAACACUCAAGAAGUCAUGGCCAUGAGCAAACUGGAAACCAUGUAUAACUCCUGGACAUGGAAGCUGAGGAGUCAUGUGCGGAGCUUACAGGAGCAGCUGAUCAACCAGAUUCAGAAUGGAAAAAUCCAGACACUUGAAACAUAUACCCUGGAGGCUCCAGUUGCAGAGACCUAUGAAGCCAUCAAGCAAGAACUUGAAAAAUAUUUUAAUGAAGACCCAGAUAGGGAAGUGCUGGUUCAGUGGAAAGGAAAUUUUGGAAAUAAACUAAUAACCCUUAAAGAGGCACUAAUUUUAGACGGCCAAAGACAAGCCAAAGAACUUAUUAGUUUAAAAAAAAAUCAAGAGGAACUGGAUAACAAAAAGUCAGGUUAUGAAAAGGAAUUAUUAGAAAAAAGCCGGACUUUGGCUUUAUCACUAAAUGACACAGAAUUGAGUGAGGAAGAGCUCCAUGAGAAAUUCAACCCACUUUGGGAAAAAUGGGUCGAUGAUGUGUCCUCAAGUCUCCCUCAAGCCACAGAGCCUACAAUUGAAGUGGAAUCUGAAGACAUCCUUUUGGAUUAUUUCAAAAAGGAAAAAGAUAUCACAAGCAUACUGAAGAACUAUUCUAGAGAAAAGUUUGAAAUCAACUAUGACAAACAUGUUAAGAAGCACAGGAAAUAUUGCGGGCUCUCUUCAAUGACAAUAGAUGCCCAGGAUAUACACUUCAUAACUCUGACUACUGAUGACAUUAUUUCAAAAGUUAAUGAAACUGUUAACAAAAUAUGUCAGCAAAAGCAUGAUUACAAUCCAACUUAUUUCCAUGAAAUCCUGAGAAUAAUAAAAGAGGGGGUGAAGUCUGUACCCACUCAGAAAAGAUACACAUUUACAAGAAGGUAUGAAAUAGACUUAUCAUUGUGUUUAUUCCAAAGAGCAUCAGUGAAGUUUAAGGAGAUGCACAAGGCAUUCAAGAGGGCAAAUGAUCCUGUAAACUAUCUGCAAAGCAAGAAAGAUGAUUUCUUCAUGAGCUUUAAGAUCUCUUGUCAAGGAGCAACUUCAGUUAAAACAUUUGUUGAUUUUCUCUGGAAGAAACUCACACCUGCUGUCUCCAGCACCAUAAGGAAAAACAUGGCCCUCAAAAUUGCUGGGGACAUUCGAACCACCUGCCGGGCAUUCAAUGAAAACAGAGCUAACCUGGAGAAACACAUUCUCAUCUCUCUGGCAGAAGAGGAAAAUUUUGAUAACUACUGGCAGUACCUUCAUCAGCCAGAAUCAUUUUUUAAGAAUUACAUUGAAAACCAUGUUAAAAGAUAUUUUUCUGACACAGGAAGUGAAAAAACAAAGACUUUUCUACAAAUGAGUUUAGAUGACAUCAAGAAUGUCAUCCUCUCAGCUAUACAUGCAUCUACAGCAACAGAUAAAGAUACAAGCAGCACAGUGUCUCGGUGGCUAGAUUUGUUCUGUGAUCACCUGGGGAGUACCUUGAUCUUUCCACGAAAAGACUUGAUAAGCAUUGAACACCAGGAGAUAAAAGAUAUUGAGUUUAUCAAAGAGGCCAUGAGUGAAGCUUUGGAUCCUGAAAUGAAGAUGGUAGAACAGAACUGUAUGUCUAGACUUGUUGAAGAAAUGAUUCCUGAAAUCCAGAAAAUGCUCUCUGAACAUCUCUGUGGCUGCUGGAAACAGUGUCCCUUCUGUAAAGCAAUUUGUACAAACACAAUCCCUACCCAUGAAGGAGACCACAGUGUUCCCUUCCACCGUCCACAGGCUCUUGGUGGAUGGGUGUGGUAUCAAACAGACCAUUUUACCAUUGAUUUCUGUACUACUUCAGUAGCAAGUGAUUGUAAUUUUAUUUUGAAUGAUGGCAGGAAAAUCCCAUAUAAGACCUAUCGAGAAGCAGGAGGGGAAUAUGCCACAUGGAGCAUCACCCCAGACACAUCCACCCAGCCAUACUGGAAAUGGUUUGUCUGUCACUUCAGAUCAAAGCUAGAAGAAAAAUAUCACAAAAAGUUUAUCAAUAAAGGUGAAAUUCCUGAUGCCUGGAAGAAAAUCACAAAGCAGGAUGUGCUUGAUGACUUGAAAAAAAAUUAAUACUCAAUGGCCAGAUAAGAGUUCCAGUAUCUAAACAAAGAAGGCACAUUACCAGAACAAGCCUAAAAUACCACCCACUCAGAAUGAAAACCUUCCUUGUAUCAACUUUUUUUUCAAAUGAAACCUCUAAAACUAAAUCAAUCAUAGCAAGAGUUGAAGAUUUCUUGAGUAAGAACCUUAUUUUUCUUUGCCUCAAUUCCUCCUUUAAAAACAGAUAACUGAUAUAUAUGAGUACAUGAUAAAAUCGAAUAAAGUCCAU